AAAAGCAAAAUGAGUGUCUUAAUUGGAGUAAAAAUCUGGCUUAUAACGGCAAUCAUUCUGUUAUUCUCUGCCAGUUGGCGCUGGUAUCAAAAGCGGAAGCACUAUCGCAGUUUUACCGCCAAUUUGCCCAUCAUUUGCCGUAUACCAUUUAUUAGAGUAGUUUAUUACGUGUUGGAUGUGAAUAGAUUAUUUAAUGCUGUUAGUAGCGGCUUCGAUGUCAUGAAGACAUCAACUGGUUGCAUUUGGGCAGCCGCAACACCGUACGUUGUUACCGUCGAUCCUGAGGUUAUUAAACAUGUCACAACAUCGCCUGAGUUCCUCAACAAAGCCCCCGAUUUAUAUACACACUUCCAUAACGAUAUAUUAAAUGGACUCAUCGUAAGUCCAGCAAGAAAAUGGAAACCCGAUCGCAAGGCCUUAAGCCCAUUCCUAGCACAUAAUAAUAUCAUUGCCUUGUUUCCCACCUUCAACGAGAAUGCUAAUAAUAUGAAGAAUGAGCUAGCAAGUUUGGCUGGACAAGGAGAACAGAAUAUUUUUACAAUUAUCAAAAAAUGCGGCUUGCAAUUGAGCCUUUUAACUAUUAUGGGUAUAAAGAUAGAUGAAGGCAGUGAGAAGCACAGGGAAACUAUGCGGGCAUUUAAUGCUUUUGGUGAUCAUAUGGCAAUGGACCUCUUGCUCGGCUGGUUGGGUCUAGGCUUUCUAUCCCGUACCCCACGUUAUAAAAGAGCUAUAAAAUGUGCUCGUGACCUAGUACGAUCUGUAAUUGAAGAAAACCUUGCCAAACCAGUUGACUCAGAAGACGAAAACAAAUUCGAAAAGAACAACAAAACGUUGAUUGAGUUAGCACUAAAAGCUCUACGACAGGGAGUAUUCAAUGAAAAAGAUGUGGAAGUCGAGUGUUUCACCAUGUUUGCUGCGUCUUACGAGACCUCCGUUGGUGCGGCAUACACUUGCCUGGUGUUGUUGGCAAUGCAUCCUGAAAUACAAGAAGGUGUUUUCUGCGAGCUUCAAUCCGUAUUUCCGCACGGAAUCACAUCCGUAGAAUAUGACGAUCUGAAGAAACUGCCAUAUUUAGAUAUGUGUGCAUCGGAAGCAUUGCGUUUAGUUCCGCCCGUUUGGGGUCCAGACGCAAAUCGCUUCAAUCCAGAUAACUUUUUGCCCGAGAACAUUGCAAAGCGUCAUCCGUAUUCUUAUAUGACUUUCUCGAAAGGCCUACGUAACUGUUUAGGCUUUCGUUAUGGCGAAAUCACGUUGCGUAUGAUAUUGAUCCAUACCGUACGGAGUUUGAAAUUUUCCACGACCUUUAAAUAUGAAGAUAUCGUUCUUGUGCCAAAAGUUACUUUGGGUUUUAAAACCGAACCGCCACUAAACAUAGAGGUCAGGUCCAACUAA